UUUUUCCAAUGUCUAACUCUAAUUUACCCACUUCUUUACCUCUCGAUUCUGCUACUUUACCCCUCGAUUCCACUUUUUUAUCUCUCGAUUGUGCUUCUUUACCCCUCAAUUCCACUUCUUUACCUCUCGAUUCCGCUUCUUUACGUCUCGAUUCCGCUUCUUUACCUCUUGAUUCUACUUUUUUAUCUCUCAAUUCUGCUUCUCUAAUUCCUAAUCCUAUUUCUUCAGAAAUUCUUGAUCCUGUCUCUUUAGCUCUUGAUCCUCCGGAUAAGAAUAUUUAUAAAAGCCGAUAG